UGGAAGGAAGGGUAGGAUUUGAACGGUGGAGGGAAGGCAUGGCAGUGUUGGAGCAGGAACCCCACUGGAAGCCAGAAGGUGCAAGAAGUCGAUUCACAGGAGGGUGCAGACUGCCCUGGCAUGGGAGCCCUGGGGGAACCACAGGGAGGGAGUGCCAGGAGAAAGCUCCCUUAGUGCCAACACGCCCCGUGGUUGCCUGUGGGACAUCAGCAGUCGAUCUCAACAGGGAGCAGUUUUGCCCCCAGGUAACAGUUGGCGACACCUGGAGACAUUUUUGGUUGUCACAGCUUGGGAUGAGGGGGAAGGGAUGCUACAGGCACCUAGUGCGCAGAGACCAGGGAUCCAGUGCACAGGACAGGCCUUCUCCCAACAAAGAAUUAUCUGGCCCCAAAUAUCAAUAAUGCCAAAGUUGGGAAACAUUGGUACAGAGGAAAGAGCAUAGGCCUGAAGUUAUGUUAGAUGUAGGUUUGGUGCCCCCGUGCUGCACUCUCUGGCUGGGGGAGAGGAGUCUGACUGUGAGGGCUGCAGGCAGAAGCAGAGAGGACCGUAUAGGAGGCCAGUGCAUCGUGUAGGGCAGGGAGCAUGGUGACUCGCAUGUAGUGGUGGAAGUCAGGAGAUGGGACCUUAUUGGGGAUAUUUUUUCAAGAUAGAGGAGACAGUAUUUGCUGAUUGAAUGUGGACCGAGGGAAAGAGAGGAGUCAAGGGUGAGAACAAGAUUUCUGGCCUGAGUUACCAGGUGAUGGUGCCCCUGGCUGAGGUGGGAAGAGGAGGUUUGGACGGAGGGUGGAUUACUCCUGGAAAACAGGAGGCAGCCCUGGACAGGCUAUGUGUGAGACACCUGAUGUUAGAUAUUCAACCGAAAAGGACAAGGAGGCAGUUGGAUAUUCUUGUGGAGUUGAGGAGGUCGGAGAGAGGGAUCCACACUGGGGAGAUGUAAGCUCACAUGUCAAGGAAUGGGACCACAGGAGAUCACCUAGCACAGCGGUUCUCAACCCACUGGAUACAACACCUUCUUUUGAACGACAGAUAUUUUGGUAACAACUCCCCUUAUUAUCCGCAAAGGAAAUUUAUGGUUAAUGAAAAUGGCCUACACAUAAUUUUUUUUUAAAAAAAUUGACGAUCCCCUAACCAUAAUAUAAAAGGGAAAUAAAAGGAAAAUAAUUGAUGAUAAAAUGUUUCAAUAUGUGAGUUCCUGGGCCCUGCGGUACUAGAAACUACGAAGAAGCAGUGGGCGCUCUCACCUCUGGUAGAGCCUCUGGGGGUAUGAGAGCCACAGUGCAGGUGGCUGCAGCCAUGUCGCGUUGGCAGCUUGAAAACUAUGCCUGCUGUGUCUGCAGAUGAGGUCGUUUUUCCAAACUGGGAACUCGUGGUACCGUUUUAUCAAAAACAGUUCAGUCUCCCCUCAGUGUACAUGGUAUAGGUAUUAUUGGACAUUUUAGUGCCUAGGAGACCCAUGGAAAAUUUAUUUUGUGUUACAUGUGAAACAGAGUUGGGUUGUAAGUUCAGGGAAUUAUAAAUAGAUCUUUCACCUCUGUGGAUGUUGAAGUCAUGCAGGGUGCCGAACAGUUCUUAGUUAUGUGGACUGUCCUCCCAUAUUCCCGACUCACUAAAAGCUAGGAGAACCUCCCCAAAACAGCACAGGUUUCCAGAGUUUCCUGAAGAGAGCCACAGCCUAGGGUGUCCUCUGGGCGAAACCUUGUACCAGCUCCCAGUUUGCCUUGGGGGAGGAGACGCGGGAAGCCAGGUUCCAGAGUACAGAACUGAAUGUGAUUUCUCCUUUUGGAAAGGACCAGGGGUGGGGGAGGUAAGGUAUGUCUGAUCGGAUGGUUCUAGGAAGGCUUCCAGAAGGAGGUGGCAUUUCAGCAGUGGGGGAGUGUCUCAGAGGAGGAGAUGAGGCAGCAGGUGGGUCACACUGGCCCCGGGCACGCCUGGUCUCCCCGAGCCUGCGAGCCUGCGUGCUCUGGACACUCAUUAGGCUCGGCUGGAUUGAUAGGAAGGCAGGGAGUGGUUCCCUCUGGCGAGACCCUCAGGCAGGCACUGCCUCCAUGGGAGUGGUUGUUAGAGGCUAGGGCAUGGGAGGUGUGGCUUUUCCGGUUUGGUUUUGGUUUGGUUUUGCUUUUUUUUUUUUGGUCAUGAAUUUAUUUUUCUGGUAAAGGAUGUAAACUGUGGCAUAUAGACUUAGCUCAAAUUCUGACUGACUGGUAGUCCACGCCCUAGUACUGACCAGUUCGUUUUCAACGCCUUAAAGCCCAGAUCCAUCUUCUGAAAAUCCCAUGCCCUUUCUUGCAUCGAGCCAUCAAACCAUACAGGGAACGCACAGUGUGCCAGGUGGGUGUAAGCUGACAUGGGCACUGUGGCUCCGGUGUGCUCGGAGUGCACAGCCCCACACAAACACGAUGAAGGAAAAGUAGGGGAGCCGUGGGAGCAGCCUGUAUCUCAGGGGUCCCAUGGGGGGGGCGGUGCUCCCUGAGGAAAUGCCAUUUGAGCUGAAGAUAAGUAGGAUCUGCUGAGGAAGGAAUGAACGGUGGGCAGAGCGUUCAGCUCCCUGGGGCAGCAGGAAAGAGCCCGAUGGGUUUGGGAAAAGGAAAGCCCUGUGGCAGGAGGAGGACACCAAGAGUCCGGCAGGGCGGAGCAGGCCUUCGUAGCCAGGGAAGGGUUUGGGUCUUUAUCGUAGGAGCCUGGGAGCUACUGAAGGGAUGCAGUCUUCUCUGACAUGAUCAGAUUUACAUUUUUAAAAGGUCACUUUGGUGGAAAUCCACGGAGAACCGCUUGAAGUGACAGGAGAGUGGACGUGACAGGGAGCUGUGCGUCCUGCGGUCCUGUCCACUUCGCUCCACUCCCCGCGGGCCAGGGCUGGGGAGGACACGUGGGGUAGCCCUCCCCCUGCCAGAGCCACCGGAACGGCCUUUUCCUCUUUCUAGCCUCAGCCCUGGGGUCCGGCGAGUCGUGUACGCAGUUGAUCAUGGAGAGGGUCGGCUCGGGCCACCAGCCCCUUAGGUGAGAACAGAGUCUAGGGCUCAGGGGACGCUUCCCGAUCAUGGAGGCAGCCAGAGCGCCAGCCAGGAGACACGCUUGUUGAAAGUCGUGGGUCCAGCUCGACUGGCCCUUCCUGCGGGCCCUGCGGGCAUCUUCAGGAGAGGUCCGCCCCCACUGACCAGAGCCGGGGAGCUGCAGCUUCCACGGAUGGGGAGGUGGGCCCUCGACGUGGCCUUUGUGUGGAGGGCGGUGUUGACUCUGGGGCUGGUCCUUCUCUACUACUGCUUCUCCAUCGGCAUCACCUUCUACAACAAGUGGCUGACCAAGAGCUUCCACUUCCCCCUCUUCAUGACCAUGCUGCACCUGGCUGUGAUCUUCCUGUUCUCUGCCCUGUCCAGGGCCCUGGUUCAGUGCUCCAGCCACAGGGCCCGCGUGGUGCUGAGCUGGACCGACUACCUCAGAAGAGUGGCUCCCACAGCACUGGCAACGGCGCUUGACGUGGGCUUGUCCAACUGGAGCUUCCUCUACAUCACCGUCUCACUGUACACGAUGACCAAAUCCUCGGCUGUCCUCUUCAUCCUGAUCUUCUCUCUGAUCUUCAAGCUGGAGGAGCUGCGUGCGGCGCUGGUCCUGGUGGUUCUUCUCAUCGCCGGGGGCCUCUUCAUGUUCACCUACAAGUCCACACAGUUCAACGCUGAGGGCUUUGCCUUGGUGCUGGGUGCCUCGUUCAUCGGGGGUAUUCGCUGGACACUCACGCAGAUGCUCCUGCAGAAGGCGGAACUUGGGCUCCAGAACCCCAUCGACACCAUGUUCCACCUGCAGCCGCUCAUGUUUCUGGGGCUCUUCCCUCUCUUUGCCGUAUUUGAAGGUCUCCAUUUGUCCACAUCUGAGAAAAUCUUCCGUUUCCAGGACACGGGGCUGCUCCUGCGGGUACUUGGGAGCCUCUUCCUUGGCGGGAUUCUCGCCUUUGGUUUGGGCUUCUCUGAGUUCCUCCUGGUCUCCAGAACCUCCAGCCUCACUCUCUCCAUUGCUGGCAUUUUUAAGGAAGUCUGCACUUUGCUGUUGGCAGCUCAUCUGCUGGGCGAUCAGAUCAGUCUCUUGAACUGGCUGGGCUUCGCCCUCUGCCUCUCGGGAAUAUCCCUGCACAUCGCCCUCAAAGCCCUGCAUUCCAGAGGUGACAGCGGCCCUAAGCCCGUGAAGGGGCUGGGCUCCAGCCCCGACCUGGAGCUGCUGCUCCGGACCAGCCAGCCGGAGGAAGAGGACAACGAGGAGGAGGAGGGGCGCUUUGUGGCCCAGGGGCAGCAGUGAUCAGCUUGGCAAACAGCUUGGAAGCAGGCCGCUCCCCAGCCUUCACACCUGUCGGCAGCUCGGGGACCCGGGCGGCCCCUCCCAGCCGCUGGGGAGCAGCAGCCCGGGGUCUCCCAGGCUGGCCUCGAGAGCACGUGACCACAUGGUGGGCCAGGGCAGGGAGUUGGUCAAACGGGUGAGCACCAGGCCAGCCUCAGACCUGGCCGGAGCGGGGCCCAAGUGGUGCUGGCGUCACAGCCACUUGCCAGGCUCUGAGAGCCAAGGUGGUGAUUUCAGAGGUAUAACGGGUUUGGACUGUGGGCCAGUUAGGAACGGGAGAUGGAGAAGAUGGGGCCUCAUCGCCUGGAGAGCAUCUUUUCUCAGAGAGCAGAUCUAUUUAUAGUUUGGAAAUAAAGGGUUUACGGUCGCCGGCCACCUUGUGUUGCCUGGAGGUAUGGGGGCAGGCAGGGAGGCUGGGCCUGACCUCUCCCCUCCUUUCCCUGCCUGGGGCCUUCCUGGGGAGACUGGUCAUACUCCAGGCCUCCCAUGUCUCUCGUGCUGCUGUUUGAGCCCCAGUGCCCUCUCUUAGGGCCCCACCACACCUGCAGGCAGGAAAAAAUAGGUACCGAGUUUCAUAUCCUGGGGACUUUAAUGCUUUCACAGCCUGAUUUGAAUAUUGACUCUGUGACUUACUAGCUGUGUGACCUUAAGCAAAUUAUUAACCUCUCUGUACCACGGUUUUUUCAUCUGUAAAGUGGGGAUAAUAAUUAUCUCAGAGUUGUUCUGAGGGUCAAGUCAAUAUUGGUAACAGAUUAAAUGUCAUUUAAGUAUG